UUCAUGUAAGACAAAACACAUGCGAUAUUAAGACAGACGUGAGCCAUGACGACAUCGGACUUCGUUCAAUACCGCGCCACCGCUAUCUGUCUCUCUUUCGACCAAUCUUCCAUAUAAUUUCACUUUCUCUCUCCCGCCUCGCGCUCUCUUCUCUCUUUCUUAUUGCUCUUCUCUUCCUAUCAAUCCUCCACAGAGCCCACAUAUACAAAUGUAUAACUCUACAAACUAUACGUUAAACGUAACUUCUCAUUUCCAAGAAUAAGUUAUUGGUCCAGGAGGAUAUAAUUAAGAAACAUUUGUUUGCAAAAAGUUUCGCGCAAUUCUCAGGUGUUUUGUGCUAAUCAGAGUUGCGAGAGCAAAGAGAGGGGAAAUACAUCAUGGAGGACCUAUGGACAUUGUUUUGCGGGGAUUCUGGCAGUUCAGAUAUUAAGGGAAGGCCAUUUGGUUCUGAUUUUGUGGUUUUAAGUCAACCUUCUUCGUGUGUCAAUCAUUCCUUGAUUAUUUUCUUGGAUUUCUUGCUUCUGGUCUUGCUUCUGUUCAUUUCAAUACAAAAAUCUUCGUUGAAAAGGGAUAAGAUUCCACCUCGAUAUCGAGGCCUUUCAUAUUUGCAGAUAGGCUCUCUUGUCUUCAAUGGAGGUCUUGGAUUCGUGUACUUGUGCUCUGGCGCAUGGAUAUUAGAAGAGAAGUUGAGGAAAGACCAGAGUGCUUUACCCUUGAGCAGGUCGUUACUACUGUUCUUUCAGGGGUUCACAUGGUUGUUGGUGAGUUUAACCAUAAGUCUCCGAGGGAAACAACUUCCAAGGACUCCAUUGCGGCUACUGGCUGUUGUUGCAUUCGUCGUUGCUGGAAUCGUAUGCGCUUUAUCACUGUUUGCUGCCAUUUUAGGCGACAUAGUUUCAGUUAAGACGGCUUUAGAUGUUGUGUCCUUUCCAGGAGCAAUAUUAAUGCUGUUUUGUGCUUAUAAGAGCUACGUAGAGGAAGAGGUUGAUAUCAGUGAAAAUGGCCUUUAUGCGCCUUUAAAUGGGGAGACCGAUGGCAUUAGUAAAGCCGAUUCUUUUGUCCAAGUUACUCCAUUCGGUAAAGCAGGAUUUUUCAGUAGCAUGUCAUUUUGGUGGUUGAAUUCGCUCAUGAAAAAGGGUAAAGAAAAGACACUUGAGGAUGAGGAUAUACCCAAGUUGCGCCAAGCAGAACAAGCAGAAAGCUGUUAUUUGAUGUUCUUAGAGCAAGUGAACAAGCAAAAGCAAGCUAAAUCAUCCUCUCAACCCUCGCUGUUUAGGACAAUAAUAUCAUGCCACUGGAAAGACAUUCUUAUUUCUGGGUUCUUUGCUAUGCUAAAGAUACUUACUUUGUCAGCAGGUCCUCUUCUUCUUAAUAAUUUCAUUUUGGUUGCCGAAGGAAAAGCAAGUUUCAAAUAUGAAGGCUAUGUAUUGGCCUUAACACUUUUCAUCUCAAAAAGCUUAGAGUCCUUAUCACAAAGGCAGUGGUAUUUUAGGUCCAGGCUUAUUGGUCUGAAGGUGAGGUCUUUGCUUACAGCUGCAAUCUACAGGAAGCAAUUGAGACUAUCAAAUACUGGUAGAUUGAUGCACUCAGGCAGUGAGAUAAUGAACUAUGUUACAGUUGAUGCUUAUAGAAUUGGUGAGUUCCCCUUUUGGUUUCAUCAGACAUGGACAACAAGUCUGCAGCUCUGUAUCUCUCUUGUCAUUCUCUUCAAUGCAGUAGGGCUAGCUACACUUGCAGCCUUAGUGGUUAUUAUAAUCACUGUGCUGUGCAAUACUCCACUUGCAAAGUUACAACAUAAGUUUCAGUCGAAGCUUAUGGAGGCGCAAGAUGAGAGAUUAAAGGCAUGCAGUGAAGCUUUAGUUAAUAUGAAGGUGUUGAAACUGUAUGCGUGGGAAUCCCAUUUCAAGAACGUUAUAGAAAACUUAAGGGAAGUGGAACAUAAAUGGUUGUCAGCGGUGCAAUUACGAAAAGCAUAUAAUAGUUUUCUCUUUUGGUCUUCCCCUUUGUUGGUCUCUGCAGCUACUUUUGGUGCAUGUUAUUUCCUCAAAGUUCCUCUUCAUGCUAAUAAUGUUUUCACCUUCGUGGCCACUUUACGUCUUGUUCAAGAUCCAAUUAGAACUAUACCUGAUGUUAUUGGUGUUGUCAUUCAAGCAAAGGUAGCCUUUGCACGUAUUCUAAAGUUCCUUGAGGCACCAGAAUUGCAGAAUGGAAAUCUCCAACAGAAGCAAUCGAUGGACAGUGCAAAUCAUGCCACUUUAAUUACGUCAGCCAAUUUCUCAUGGGAAGAGAAUUCAUCAAAACCCACACUCAGAAAUGUAAAUUUGGAGAUUAGACCGGGUGACAAGGUGGCCAUCUGCGGGGAAGUUGGCUCGGGAAAAUCUACACUUUUAGCUUCAAUUCUUGGAGAAGUUCCAAAUACAGUGGGAACUAUUCAGGUUUCUGGGAGGAUUGCUUAUGUUUCUCAAACAGCUUGGAUUCAGACAGGAACAAUACGAGAGAACAUUUUAUUUGGCUCUGCCAUGGAUAGCCAACGGUACCAGGACACGCUAGAGAGAUGUUCAUUGGUUAAGGACUUUGAGUUGCUUCCUUACGGUGAUCUUACUGAAAUAGGGGAAAGAGGAGUGAAUCUGAGUGGUGGUCAAAAGCAGCGAAUUCAACUUGCUCGUGCUCUCUAUCAGGAUGCUGACAUUUAUCUUCUGGAUGAUCCAUUCAGUGCUGUUGAUGCACAAACUGCCACGAGCUUAUUCAAUGAAUACGUGAUGGGUGCACUUGCAAGGAAGACAGUCUUACUUGUAACACACCAAGUUGAUUUCCUGCCAGCAUUUGAUUCCGUUUUGUUGAUGUCAGAUGGUGAAAUUCUGCGAGCAGCUCCUUAUCAUCAGCUGUUGGCCUCAAGUCAAGAAUUUCAGGAACUUGUCAAUGCUCACAGAGAGACAGCUGGUUCCGAAAGGCUUACUGAUAUUACUAACACUCAGAAAAGAGGAUCAUCUACUGUGGAGAUCAAGAAGACAUAUGUAGAGAAGCAGCUUAAAGUAGCCAAAGGAGAUCAGUUGAUCAAACAAGAAGAAAGAGAAACGGGAGAUACAGGGCUAAAGCCUUACCUUCAGUAUCUGAAUCAGAACAAAGGAUACUUGUACUUUUCCAUUGCCGCUCUUAGUCACCUUACGUUUGUGAUUGGUCAAAUAGCUCAGAAUUCUUGGAUGGCAGCUAAUGUUGACAAGCCUCAAGUCAGUCCAUUGCGAUUGAUUGCAGUCUACUUGAUUAUUGGAGUUUCUUCCACACUGUUUCUGCUAUGUAGAUCUCUCUCUACCGUCGUUUUGGGUCUUCAAUCAUCGAAGUCUCUAUUUUCACAGCUACUAAAUUCCCUUUUCCGUGCACCUAUGUCCUUUUAUGACUCCACACCACUUGGAAGAAUACUUAGUCGGGUAUCCUCCGAUCUGAGUAUUGUUGACCUUGAUGUCCCAUUUAGUUUAAUCUUCGCUAUAGGAGCUACCACGAAUGCUUAUUCUAAUCUUGGAGUACUGGCUGUUGUUACCUGGCAAGUACUGUUCGUCUCCAUACCAAUGAUUAUUCUGGCAAUUCGUUUGCAGAGAUAUUACUUUGCGUCUGCGAAGGAGUUGAUGCGGAUAAAUGGUACAACCAAAUCCUUGGUGGCAAAUCAUUUAGCUGAAUCUGUAGCAGGGGCUAUGACUAUAAGGGCUUUUGGGGAGGAAGAACGAUUCUUUGCAAAAAAUCUUGACCUUAUCGACACAAACGCUAGUCCUUUCUUCCAUAGUUUUGCAGCAAACGAGUGGUUGAUACAACGGUUGGAAACACUAAGUGCAACUGUUCUUGCCUCUGCUGCACUCUGCAUGGUUUUACUUCCUCCUGGAACUUUUAGCUCUGGAUUUAUUGGAAUGGCACUUUCAUACGGUCUUUCCUUAAACAUGUCCCUGGUUUUUUCAAUCCAAAACCAGUGCACAAUAGCGAAUUACAUCAUUUCUGUUGAAAGGCUUAAUCAAUACAUGCAUAUACCAAGUGAAGCCCCCGAGGUAAUACAAGAUAACCGUCCCCCAUCCAAUUGGCCAGCAGUGGGUAAAGUGGAUAUCUGCGAUUUGCAGAUAAGAUACAGGCCUAAUGCACCACUGGUUCUUCGAGGAAUCAGUUGCACAUUUCAAGGAGGGCACAAGAUUGGUAUUGUUGGCCGUACUGGCAGCGGAAAGACUACUCUUAUUGGAGCUCUAUUUCGUCUGGUGGAGCCGGCAGGAGGAAAGAUUAUUGUAGAUGGCAUUGAUAUCUCUAGAAUUGGGCUGCAUGAUCUGAGGUCGCGAUUCGGAAUAAUUCCUCAAGAUCCUACUCUCUUUAACGGGACUGUGAGAUACAAUUUGGACCCCUUAUCUCAACAUUCUGAUAAAGAGAUAUGGGAGGUUCUUGGAAAGUGCCAGCUUCGAGAGGCUGUCCAGGAGAAAGAGCAGGGUCUAGAUUCCAUGAUUGUGGAAGAUGGGGCAAAUUGGAGCAUGGGGCAGAGACAAUUGUUCUGCUUGGGGCGUGCACUUUUGAGGAGAAGUCGAGUGCUGGUGCUUGAUGAAGCAACUGCAUCAAUUGACAAUGCAACUGACUUGAUCUUGCAAAAAACUAUCCGAACUGAGUUUGCAGAUUGCACCGUGAUCACAGUAGCUCACAGGAUACCAACAGUGAUGGAUUGCACCAUGGUACUAGCUAUCAGUGAUGGAAAAAUAGUAGAGUAUGAUGAGCCAAUGAAGUUAAUGAAAAAUGAAAGUUCAUUGUUUGGGCAGCUUGUCAAGGAGUAUUGGUCCCAUUAUCACUCUGCAGAAUCACGUUGAAGCUAGUAACCAUUUCUUACAUAAGCCAAAAUUUCACGCUCGCUUGGCAGCAAAGUGGACAAGUGGGGAAGUAAAUUGUAUAGUAGUACCAAGGGAGGGGUACCAAUUGAAGGUGGUGGCAGAGUUCAUAACCAGAUAUUUAAGGUUAUGUAAACAAGAUCUAUUACAAGAAAGCAACUGAAUACAAUUGGUCACAACCAUUCUGAAUUCCAAAUUCCAACAUCUUUUUAGUUUAGAAAAGCUCAGCGGUACUACAGAAGUAGAAGCAAUUUUUCUUUCCUGGUUUACACUUCAAGAUGUCAAUGUAUUGUCUGCUCAACACCACAGACAUAGCAGGGAAAAAACUUUGAGCUUGCAUAGAAAACUGUCCCUAAUAAAGCACCAUUACUGCA